UGGAGCAACAAGUGCCACUCGAGACCGGAUAGUGUCAGGAGACAACUUAAGAUGUUGCGGGCAACGUGCGUAGCCUGCGACUGGAAGCGAACGUAGGUAAGGUCGCUUUUGUUUCUUGGAAUCCAACGGUCCGUUUUCCUCGGAAGACGGACAUGACCGUCUUUCGGGCGUCAGCCGGACAAAUCGCAAAGUGAUCCGAGCGUCCCCCCCACCCCCCGCUAAAAAGGCUCGGAUGCAUUUGUCAAUGGAUACCCUGGCAAUGGUGGAAGAGGGUUGCCUGGACAACUAUGACAUGGCAAAAGGCGCCGCCGGGUCCAGUUCUGGGGGCAGAGUGCACAGCAUCGAUGUCAUCCUGGGUUUCGCCAAGGAGCAGGACCCCCUGCUUCACCACCACCACCAAGUCCACGGCCACGACGACCACAAGCAGAAGGAAAACUUGCAGAUGGCCGACAAACACGAUUCGUACGGGCGUCUCUCGGAAGUGGCCGACAAUUCCCAACAUCCGUCCUAUCACGCGUCGGAUUUAUUCUCCAGCGAUAAGUGCGAUGCUGAAAUGAGCAGCAUGCAAAAGGACCCGGCUGAGGACUCCCCCAAGGCCAUCGGGGAGGAAGAGCACGGCAAGAAGAAGCACCGCAGGAACCGCACCACCUUCACCACCUAUCAGCUGCACGAGCUGGAGCGCGCCUUUGAGAAGUCCCACUACCCGGAUGUCUACAGCCGUGAGGAGCUGGCCAUGAAGGUCAACCUGCCCGAGGUCCGGGUGCAGGUGUGGUUCCAGAACCGGCGGGCUAAGUGGCGACGUCAGGAGAAGAUGGACUCCGGCACCAUGAAGCUUCACGACUCCCCCAUGCUUUCCUUCAAUCGACCACCGAUGGCACCCAGCGUGGGGCCGGUGGCCAACCCGAUGCCCCUGGACCCCUGGCUCACCUCGCCCAUCUCCAGCACGACGCCCAUGCACGCCAUCCCCGGCUUCAUGGGCUCGCCGCAGAGCCUGCAGCCGGCCUACCCGGGCCACGGCUUCCUCAGCGGACCGCCCGGCCUGGUGCAGGGCAUCCAGCCCAUGGGAGGGCCCCCGCCCUACCAGUGCCCGCCUAGCUUCAGUGACAAAUACCCCAUGGAGGAUGACAGGAGCUCCAGCAUCGCUGCACUCAGGAUGAAGGCCAAAGAGCACAUUCAGUCCAUGGAUAAAACUUGGCAACACAUGUGAUUCCCAUUUCUUGUGGGUUUUUUUUUCGGGGGCGGGGGGCUGCUCCGGUGAAUGUUUACAAACUCUGGACUUUGAAUGUAUUCUUACCUGGGAACCAGGAAUUUUUGGGCGACCAUUUUGUGUUUAGACCGUGAAUAUUAUUUUCUAAAUUUUGUGCCAGGGGUAAUACAUCGAGGGCAAAAGAAGGCUCGAAUAUCUUUAAGAGGUCCAGGAACCUUUGGGGUCAGGUAUACGGCUUCGAAAAUAUCUGAUUGGGGCCUUUUUGUUCCAUCAACUACCGUGAUUUCCGGCCUACAAGCCGGGACUUUUUUCACACGCUUUUUCUAAAUUUCGUGCCCGGGGUACUAUAUCGGGGGAAAAAGAAGGUUCUAAUGUCUUUAAGAGGUCCAGGAACCUUUGGGGUUGGGUCUAAUUGGGGCCUUUGUGUUUCAUCAACUACCGUAAUUUCCGGCCUACAACCCGCAACUUUUUUCCACACGCUUUCAACCCUGCGCUUUAUCCGGUGACGCGGCUAAUUUUUGCAUUUUUUUUUCUAACGGCCGCAAGGGGGGCACUCGAGCGGAAAAGGUAAGAAUGAGGCCGGUGGAAUAUAUGUGCCGAGGAAGUGACUUUUACCGGCGCUUAGCGCUGAGCUCGCGUUAGAGCUGUGCUAGCGUGUUGCUGCUCUGUUACUGGUGUGUUUCAGUGAUAUUUACUGUUAAGCUUUAUUUUAACCGGCCCUGUUCGUGUUAGCACUGGUUUUAGCGCGGCACUAGCGUUAAAUUCUUUCUGUGUACCGUCUUUGUAAAUAUCUUGUGUUUCGAUGUGGGCUUCAAUGUGGGCACUUGCGGCUUUCACACAUCUGCGGCGAGCGUGUGUACAGUAUGUACCAAAAGGUAUUUCCUUUACAAAUGUACUCGGUGAGGCUUGUAAUCAGGUGCGCUCUGGAGGCCGGGAAUUACGGUACAAGGACCAAGUGGGAAUAUGACUUAUGCAAAUAACUUUUUUUUUUUUUUUUAAAAGAUUUAACAUUCAUUUGAAAUGUGGCCAUGACGCGUUUUUGUCAUCUGCGUUGAAUACACAGAUUAGAUUGACAUUUAUAUAA